AUGGAAUGGAAUAAAGUGAGGGAGAAAUUCUCCUCUUUCAAAAAUAAUGUGCUCGUCUGUUGGUCUGCACCGCGUGUGAAUACAUGUUACGAAUAUGAGGAGUAUACAACAGACCCUCAAGAUUCCGAAGCCGUUACGAAUGGGGCCGAAACUCCGCGUCCGUCAGCAAAAUCUAGCUGUAGCAGUUCGAGCCGUUUUUUAUCCACCGGAUUCUCUCUGAUCGGUUACACGUUUCUCUUACAAUUGGCAUUGCAUUUGAUGACAUUCUUGUUGAACGGGUUGGCCUAUCGUCGUUUGGACACAACCAGCUUAGGCCUAGUCAAUGUUCGCAUUGGUCUAUUCUACUCGACCAUGAUUUUUAUUGCACGUGACGCAUUUCGACGUGCUUGUCUGAGUCGUGGGGGCGAUUUGAUCACCCAGUCUGAUUCGGAACAUUCAAGUUUUCCUGUCUCAAGCCGUUUAUUCCCGACCCGGACGAGUUCAUUCGCCGGACUGAUUGAUCUGACCUGGUCCAUUUUACCACUUGGUGCCAUACUGGGUUCCGCUUUACUAGGUGUGUGGAUUUGGGUUUUGCCCUCACCCAGUCGAUUGGCCUCGGCCGAUGGUGAACUCAAAUUGCCGGCCGAACUGAUUGAUCAACAGUAUGUGCAUUGUCUUUUGGUCUAUGCUCUGUCCGGUCUGUUGGAAUUAUCGACCGAAUCGUUUUGGCUCGUGUGUCAACUGACACAUCGUGUACGGGACCGAAUCCUGAUCGAGGCGUUUGCCAAUGCGGUUCGUGCGAUCGGGAUAGUGGCAGCAAUUCUAUUCGUUUCACCGAACUAUGCGAUCUACUCGCUUGGUUUACCCCAGAUACUGCAUGGAAGCACACUAUUCAUCACAUAUCUGUGCUAUUUCUUCCGCGUGCUACGGCAUCCGAAUGAAUUGGACUUUGACUCUGAACCGGUAGUGCAAAGUUUCGGCGAUCUAUUUCCGCGCUUUCGUCAGGUACACCUUACCCUAUUUCUGCUAUGCUACUCUUUUUCAUUCGCUUAUCGGAAUCCGUGUUUUCCCUGA